AUGUCCGGUGGCUCAAUACAACUCGAUGGUCUUGCCCCAGCCCUUUGUUUAUGCUUGUUCAUUGCGAUUGCUUAUAUUCUUAUAAACCGUCAAGUGGUACGUAAAACAUACAUUUUACCACCUGGCCCUCGCCCGUUGCCUGUGUUAGGCAACAUACUUGGAAUUAAAUUGGCUGAGCCCUGGGUUACCUAUAAGGAGUGGGCACAAGUUCAUGGUAACAUAAUUUACUCUCGCCUACUCAACCAGGAAAUCAUCAUCCUUGACUCCGAGAAAAUGGCCAAAAACCUUCUCGAGCAACGUUCUUAUAAUUACUCUGACCGGCCACAAUUUGCUACCAUCGAUCUAUUUGGGAUGGCAUUCUUUUCGGCAACUCUUGCCUAUGGCAGUACAUGGCGACUACAUAGACGACUGUUACAUCAGGCGCUUCGAACAGAAGCAGCUCUAAAGUAUCGACCUGUACAGUUACGCCGAGUCCACCAGUUCCUUCUCAACUUACUCGAGGCACCAAAAGACUAUGCUGAUCAUGUGAACACGCUUAGCGCGUCUAUUAUCAUGGAAGUAAUAUAUGGUUACAACCCAGCGCCACGCCAUGACCCUCUAGUCAUGGUUGUGGAGCGUGCAUCAACAACACUCACACGAGAGAAUACACCCGAGAGAGCAGCAGUCCUUAGUGCAUUGCCAUUUUUACUACACAUCCCUCUCUGGUUUCCCGGAGCAGCCUUCAAGCGCAGUGCCCUUGAGUGUCAGAAGUUGACUGUGGAAAUGAUUGAAGCUCCUUUUGAGUACACAAAGCAGAAUAUUUCGGCAGGGACAGCAAUGCCAUGUAUGGUGUCUGAUCUACUAAGCCGAAUGAAAGAUGAGGACCCUUCAUAUGAGCUUGCAAUCAAAAACUCUUCUGCCACCGCCUUCUCCGCUGCCGCAGAAACUUCUUCUUCAGUGCUCAUGGUAUUUAUGCUCGCGAUGCUCCAGAAUCCUGAUGUACAAAGAAAGGCACAAUUGGAAAUCGACGCAGUGGUAGUCCAAGGUAGACUCCCAGACUUCAGUGACAGGACAUCACUGCCUUAUGUUGAAGCAGUUUUUCGUGAGACUCUCCGAUGGCAUCCUGUAGUUCCCCUUGGUGUUCCGCAUGCUGCCACUAAUGAUGAUAUUUUCGAGGGACAUUUUAUACCAAAGGGUUGCUUACUCAAAGCGAACAGGGCAAUGGCCCACAAUGACGAUAAAUACCCAGAGCCAUACAAAUUUAAACCAGAACGGUUCUUCGCGCUUGAUGGAAAGCUUAAUGAUGACACUGUUGGUUUUGUCUUUGGAUUUGGCAGGCGGAUUUGCGUAGGCCGUCAUAUUGCUGACGCUACAGUAUGGGCCGCCAUGGUUUCUAUCUUAACUGUGUUCAACAUCGCAAAGGCAAAAUAUGAUUUCGGUAACGAUAUUGAAGUCACCCCAAAAUGGACAAAUGGAGUGACAAUCCAUCCGCUCCCAUUUCCAUGUUCUAUUGCACCACGAGUACCAGGAAUGAGCACUGUAGGUUUGACCGAGAUGUUAUACUCCUAA